UCAGUACCUCUCGCGAACAUGACCUGAUACGUACGUGAAAAGGGUGCUGCUGCUGAGCCAUGCACCGUAAAAAGACGACGAGCGGCAGUAGAACGUCGUCGGCGCGCUGCGAGAAAUUGCCAUGGACGACGACGACGAAGACGAAGACGAUGCUGCUAAACGACGAGUUUCAGGCCGACGCGAUCGACAUUGUGCACCUAACAAACGUUCUGAAGCCACUGAACAUCUCGCGGAAAAUCAAUCGGGAGUUCGCUCGCGAUACUGAUCUCAUCGAUGAUCUGGCGACGAGUUCGCGCGCUGCUUCGUCAGCAACGAAUUCACGGCCGGACACGGCGUUGUCGUACAUCAGCGAGGACGACUGGGGUAGCACGAGCAUCGACGAGAUCGGCCAAAUUAUCGAUCAAAUGUCCAACGGUCGACCCGACCACGUGAGACUGGCCGGUUACGAAGCCAUACUCGAGUCGGACCUGGCGAGUUUGCCGAGCAAUCGGUCCUGGGACGCGCUGCUGAAGGUGCUCAGAGACGGUUUGGUCGACGGCAGAAGAUCGGUGUUUGAGGCGAGUUUGCUGGCGCACGCCAAGCUGCUCAACUGCCAGCCGUUCGUCGACACUUACGCGAGCCUACUGGAAGCCUUCUCCGAGAUCUAUCACUCGAAGAAGCAGUUCGACACUCUGCCGACGGUCAUAAGUGGCGUGAACUUUCGGAUAUUCCUGCACGAGAAGCUGUUCCGAGUGAUGCGCCUGAUACUGGAUCAGCACGAGGAGAUCCUGAAGACGGCUCGAGCCACGGACAAAGUCGCGGAGGAGGUGUCCGAGCGAUUCGUGUCCUUCCUGUGCGUCAAUUCCACGAUGAGCUCGCAUGCUUUCAACGCGCUGCACAUAGUGUCGGUGAUGGAGCCGCAGGCCGGCUGGAGCAGCAAGUGGAUGCACGGCUUGGCCACGAGGCGCUGCCUAUGCUCGGCAAUGUCAAAGUCGCCGAGCCUCGCGCGAACCGUCGUUGCGCUGGCCAAGAGGUACCUGACCACUCCAUCGACCGCCGUCUCGGUGACCUUGCGCGACGAACCGGCGGACCUCUACGUCUCGGGCGACUCCGUGGAGACGCUCACGUUCCUACACUGCCUUCACCUGGUCACUCAGCUGUGCGCCCACUCGAGCGGCCGUGCACUCCUGUCCGAUACCCACCACGAGGACUCGUUCUCGGUGCCGGACUUCCUCGGCGAGCUGCUCGGAGCCCUCAACGUCCUUGCGUCGUCCGAGGCCAGCAACGCGCUCUACGGACAGGUGCGCUCGUCUCUGUUCGCGCUCCUCCGCCGCAAUCUGGUACUGUACGACGCCAGGUUCCGUCGCUUGACCGUCAGCCCACUGCUGCAGUCGGAGGUGCGAAUGUGGCCGCACACGCUCGAUGUGCUUGCGCACAUGUUGGACACCCAGGACGGGCCGGCGUUUCUCACCAGCGAGCAAAGAGUCGGCUCGGCGUCGAUCGAUGCCAGAAGUCCGAACUGCCCGGCGACGAUCGUCAUUUGUUACACGGCUUCGCUGAUGAGGCAGCCACUCGCCGUUAUGACCAUGCCGCACGUCGUCGAGCUUUGCCGAUUCAUGAAAAAGCUGUUCGCCGAUCACGAGGUCUACUGCGUCGUCGAGGAGGCUGUCAGACUGGAAUUGUUUCCGAGCGUCAAGUGGAUGUACGGUAGGCUCGACAAGUAUUACGUGGAGAACGAGAAUAAGACGCAGCAGCUAGACAAAGCGGUGCGAGAGAUGCUAUUGAGCGUGGUAGCGCAACCACUCGGCCUGCAGCUUCUGUCCAAAGAGUCGUUAAUCUUCGACGAGUUGAUUCGCGGUUCGAUCGCCCCGGUGCGCCCAUCGUGGAGCGCCUACGACGUCGUCGGCUUCGUCUCUAACUCGGGAUACCUGACGCGAGGCACGCUGAUCCUUGUGGAUUUAGCUCCGCACGUAUUGUCAACGUUACUGUCGGAAGUGAGCAAAAGCCUCGAAGAUCCGAAACAAUUUCACGAUCCAUGGGACAACGACGAUGCCAAGGUUUUCCUGCACGUGCUCGCUCUGCUCUCUUUGAAUACCAAUUGCUUUAUGGCAUUUAUGACGACGGAACCUGGUGAAAACGACAGCGACGACGAGAAGAAUUAUCCGAAGAAUUUGUACGAAUUUUUUCAUGUUUUUAUCGAUGUCGACUCGCCUUACCAUCAUCUCGGACUGUUAGCUCUGAAAACUGUGAUUUGGAAUUUGGACGUUUACAUUUAUCUGCGUUAUUUACUCGAUUUUGAGACGAAGCUUUUGCAAUACCAAGAGUACGCGACGUUGAUCAACGAGCCCGAAACGAUCGACGAAGACGACGACGCGCACGCAGGCAUGAGCCUCGAGCCGCCCGAGGAAGCCAGCGGUACGUACAUCGUCGACGAGUGUAGCUUACUUCGUCACAACAUUCUGUUGAAUUGUUACUACGCGAAGCACAAGAGAGCACCGCCGUUGUCGACACCCGAAGAUACACAGUUGUUCUCGACGAUGCCACCACCCGUGGGGAUCUACGACGACAGCGUGUCAAUGAACGACGAUAAUAGCGUGCUAAACGACUGGCUGGAAAACAGCGGAUACGGUCUGCUGAGGGAUAUGAGUUGGGUUGCACAGACUCAGAAAGCUCACAAAGCUUCGCCCGGACGCAUCAAGAGCUCCGUGUUUCUAAACCUGCUAGCUCAGAUGGCAAAAGCGAUACCGACGGCCGAGUGGAUGGAUCGUUACCAGUGGAAGGAUUUGAAAUUUCGCGACAAUUAUUUCCUCCCAGAGGAAAAGCACGCGAUGAAUUUAGUAAUUCACUACGGAGUGUUAAGUAAGCAAAUCGAGAAGGCUAAUGACACGGAAGACAAUUUGCGAAUGUUCAUUCAAUUGGCGCACAAUUUGAUCACUUACAACAAGGCUAUACGCUACCAAGGCUUCGACUGGUUUUUGGCCACCGUGUUUCUCAUCAGCCAUGGCGAUUUGGACAAGGCCAAAACGUGUAUCACACAAAUCAUAAAAUUCCCGUCAGCAGCCUUCAUGUGGCCGGCUCUAGCACAAGUCGUCGAUGAGACUGACGAUCGAGAGGCUUCUACAAGACUUUUGUUCGCUCACAUGCUCGAGACUAUCGUCAAUAACGAAUUUCCUAUAAUCAAGUUCGCCCUAAAAAGAGAGUGCGGACUCGAUUGGUGGAUGAUUUGCGGCAGAUUGUUAAAUCAAAGUUUCUUAGGAAUCCUUCCGUGGAGUGAAAUUAUGCACUUCUUUGCAAUGUGCAUACUGCAUACGCCGGAUUACAUUGUAUAUUACUGUGUAUCUCUGUUGAACCAUUGCGAAGGCGAAUUAAUGAAAAAUAUUGUUAAAGGAAAAAUGUGGCCUGAAGAUUUGGUUCUUGAAGACUAUCGCUGUCACAGUCAGAUUGGGUUUAUGGAUCGGCUUAGCAAACGACACGGCGGCAAAGUUCUUCCACUUUUGACGCAAAGAUCACUCAAUUUAGAAAGUAAAGAGGAUUAAGCGGGUAUACAAUCGAUACGU